GGUUACGUCCAAUUUGUCCCAAGAAAGUCGUGCGGCGCAUCUGCGUAGUUAUGAACGGCACGGAGGAGCACUUGGAGGUCCGUUCGCUGUCUAUUAGUCGGUGUACUUGCUGCAGUGAUGUCUACCUCAUUAACAACGACUAAAUGAUGCGAUUUACUGCGCUCUGUGCUGCGAUUUACAUUGGAAUCAGAACGGAGCUGCUCAGUUGCGGCUCUCUUCGUCGACCAGCACCAGCGACUCCUUGUCGCCGCCCAAGCUGCCAGAUGAGAGAGCAGAAGAAAGCAAUGUCAUGCGUCUAAUGGAUAGUCCGAUGGCACCCAAGGAAAUCGCAGAGUUCCUGCUCGAAAUGCCGCACACGGACCCCAAAAUGGUCGGCCAAGUUUUAGGUGAACCGGAUGCCAAGUCGAUGAGUGUUCUACACGAAUACGCCAGUGGCUUCCAGUUCGAGGGCGUGCCUUUUGACAUCGCACUUCGAGUAUAUCUCAGUAGGUUUGAGCUGCCUAGGGAAGCUCAGAAGAUUGAUCGGAUUCUACAAGCAUUUGCCAAGGCUUACUACGCUAGCAACCCUGACAGUGAUGAGUGCCCGUCUGAAGACGCUGUGUACACAUUGGCAUUCUCCGUGCUACUACUCAACACCGACGCGCACAACCCGAAGCUCUCACGGAGAUUCAAGAUGACACGAGCAGACUUUAUCCGCAACUACCACCGACUGGGAGGAGAGACUGGCUCUGCGAGACCAGAGGUGCCCGACGCAUAUCUGGGGCAGUGCUACGACUUGUUCGUGGCGGAUGCGAUCAAACGGAUCGAGAGGAAACCGGCGGAGCUGUUACCGGACGAAGUGGAGCUCGAAUUUCCCGACGCAGCGCUAGGACUGGAGAUUGAGACGUCGUUCGAUGGUCGCACUGCAAUCGUCAAGAAGUACGCCAACAACCGCCACACUUUCAGCAGCAGACGACGAAGGCAGACGAACGGUUCAAAUGCAUCAACUCCUAGCAGUUUCUUGGCAUCUAGUGCUGGUUUCCUGAAAUCUGGCUUGGCAAAUAUCUUGGCGGUAGUUGACACGGAGUUAUCCAUCGACGGAUACGUGAUCGUGGCAGUAGGUGAUGACAGUACCCGCCAGAUCGGUUACGCACUCACUCGCUAUCUGCUCAAGACGGCGCCGCGCCCCGUUCUCAUCCGAUUUUGCGAACCCAGCGUAUACUUUGCGUCUUUAGUAUGAAUUAUCAUCAAUCAAAGCACAUAUGACCCCAUGAUUUGGAUGAAGCUGAAGAAGAACGUUCUGAUGCUGCAGCAACCUCUGAACGGCCGCCAGAGACACAUGAUCACGAUGUGAAGUGCCCUCUGCCACGCUCCAAGCGGCGCGAGAAUGAGUGGAAGCGCUUCCUUGCAGCAGUGCCAAAGUCGAGCUAAUUUUGGUAGCCGAGUGCCUUCACACUUGGUCAUGUGUCCGGUCGUCACAAGCCGUUGCCAUUUGCUUUCUACCAAAAACGACAAUGAAACGGGUAAACGCAUCUUUUUUUUUCGGGUCCGUUGUCUCGCUCACCUGCCGUCCUCAACGCCUGCCGUUCACAAGAACACAUAGUGAAACGUGCUCGUGCCAGCGCAACGACAACGCCAACAACAGCGGAAGAGACUGUCUUCUUCGAGAGAGGCGGAGAGACUGGAGAGAAACCAAUACAGCAUUUUCACUACGUAUCCGCCAAAAAUCUUGUAUGGUUGUCACAGAGUGAAAGAUCGCGUCGUUUCGAUUGCAUGCGUGUAGUGUUUGAUAGAUUGGGUUAGCGAAUGUUUGCUAGAUUGGGUUCUACGAAUUUCAGUAACUUGUGCUCUUUCAAAUCAAGAUAAGAAACCC